GGGCUUAAUGAGAAGAAACGGAAUUAUAACCUGCUGCAGGCCUACAGGCCUGUAUACUAUUACAGGCACGGCCUCCUAUAAAGUAAGAAUUAUGAUUAUCCAAACUUCACUUAGAAUUUCAGUAUGGGAAAACUGUACAAGUUAAAGGGCUGCUUGCCUAGUCAUGUCACCUUCACUGCCACGUUUGAUAGAUGGAAUUUUGUGUUUAUGGUGAACUUCUCCUUUAUUAAUAUUUACAUAACCAGCAACCAGUUUGAUUUUGACAUGCACUUCACAAAAUGCAGUUUGAACCUUUUCCACGCCAUUAAACCUGAUUUGUUCCAUUUUAUGCCCCCCCUCCCAAACCACUACCGCUCCUCAGACUUUCCAAAUUAAGCGGAUCCAGCUGUGUGAGGCUGUGCGCCCUCGGUGCGUCACAGAGCUCUGCUGCUGUGUAGACGGGCAGACAGCAGCGGCUAACGGGAGGAAGAGAAGGGAAGAUGUCCGGUAUCAUGCUGCUGUCGGUGUCCUUGAGUUUGUGCUUGUUGUGGGCGACCGGCGACACGGCGCGGAGCGGGCCAGUGAUCCUGCGGGACGCUCUGGAGCGGGGCUCGGUCAGUCUGAACGACAUGUUCCGAGAGGUGGAGGAGUUGAUGGAGGACACACAGCACAUACUGGAGGAGGCUGUGGACCAGAUCACUACUGAGAGAGCUAAAUCGUCAUUACUGGAUCUGCGUCCUAACUACCACAAUGAGACUACGAAGAUGGUAAAGGAUGGAGACAGAGCCGUUCAGGUCCUAGAUAGAUCUGACAAGGUAGAAACUAAUAACAAAACCGGAGAGGUUCAUCUUUCACACAUCCACAUGGAGAUCUCUGGCCAGUGGAACAGCGUGGAUCAUGAGUGCAUGGUGGAUGAGGACUGUGAUGACCUGAAAUACUGCCUGUAUGAGAUUGAGAACUCCAAGUGCCUCCCCUGCAUACCAACUGAUAUGCCCUGCACUAAAGACGAAGAGUGUUGCUCAGACCAGAUGUGUGUGUGGGGCCAGUGUACAGUUAACGCCACCAAAGGAACAGAGGGAACCAUCUGUCAGGGUCAGAGUGACUGCAGGCCAGACCUCUGCUGUGCCUUUCAACGAGAGCUGUUGUUUCCAGUGUGUAAUCCCAAACCAGAGAAGGGGGAAUUGUGUUGGAGCCACCCCAACCUGCUGAUGGAUAUGCUGGCCUGGGACCAGGAGGGUCCCCGUGACCACUGCCCCUGUGCCGAUGACCUCCAGUGCCAACCCCAUGGACGUGGAUCUGUUUGUGGAGAGUAGUGGGGAUGGAGAGAGCACAAACCCUGUCCAGGAGCUGCUAUACUAACAUCCUUACUGAGCAUUCACCAAAGAACAGCCCAUCUGCUGAUCGACAGGUUGUAAAGAAUAGGAUGCUGCUUCAGGAAAGGACUUGCACUGUAUUAUUUAUGCCUUACUAUCAAUGUGUAUUAUAUAUCAUGAAGCAAAUAAAAGACCUGUUUUCAGCUUUGACUGAGAACCAA